ACAAUAUGUAAUCAGUGUGCUAGCAACACUCGCUUUCUGUCUCUUUCUCUCCCGUUAGGGUUUUCAAGAUGAGUACGAAGAUUAUCAAAGCUGGCGCCGUGGAGGCGGACCCCUUCGAGACGUCGAUCUCGCAAGCUCUGGUCGAGUUGGAGACGAACUCUGACUUGAAGGCGCAGCUUAGGGAGCUUUACAUUACCAAGGCAAAAGAAAUUGAACUGCAUAACAAAAAGUCAAUAAUUAUCUAUGUGCCGAUGCCCAAGUUGAAGGCUUUCCAGAAGAUCCAAAUCAGGCUGGUCCGUGAGUUGGAAAAGAAAUUCAGCGGCAAACACGUAGUGUUCAUUGGAGACCGCAAGAUCCUGCCCAAACCCAGCCACAAAACGCGCGUUGCCAACAAACAGAAGAGGCCACGAUCCAGGACACUGACUUCAGUAUAUGAUGCGAUCCUUGAAGACUUGGUGUUCCCAGCUGAGAUUGUUGGCAAACGCAUCAGGAUCAAGCUGGAUGGCUCACAACUCAUCAAAGUGCACCUUGACAAGAACCAACAGACCACUAUUGAACAUAAGGUGGACACCUUCCAGUCUGUAUACAAGAAGCUGACGGGGCGUGAAGUCACCUUCGAAUUCCCCGAACCUUACUUGUAAAUUUAGACUAUGACUUUACAAUAAAACUAAAACCAUA